AUGAGAACAGCAUCAACAUGGCUUCGAGUUUUCCUCUGGUCAUUACAAGUGCAGCCGGUGAUCUGCCAGAUUCGGGUCUUGGCACCUCCCAGAGUCGUUCAAGACUUUCAGACGAGCCACGGGAGGAUCUUCGGCUCCACUUCGACCUUCGGCGCUCCGUUCUAUGGUGACCGCGUCUAUGGACGCUUGGUCUACGGAACCCCGAAACAAAAAAACCACUGCACCGAAGAAGACUAUGACGUCCCAUCUCCCGAGAAAUUCAUGCCGGCCGGGAAGAGCUACAACGAGGUUCGCCUCAUUAACAUCAUCCUUGUGGAACGUGGCUCGUGCUCCUUUGUGACAAAGGUGAAAGUGGCACAGAAAAAGGAGGCGCAUGCGGUGAUCAUCGUGGACACACAGGGAUCCACACGUACUACGAGGGAUAUCCAGGAUAUCAUCGUGGCGGAUGACGGCUACGGUUCGAACGUCGACAUUCCAUCUGUCCUUAUCUCGAGGGAGGAAGGACAGAAACUCAUCGACCCUCUGCUAGCUGACCCCGGCACGCAGGUUGUUGUUGAACUCAACUGGGACAUUCCCUCUGAGAAUGUGGUGCAGGUAGAUCUCUGGAUGAGUUCAGCGUCAGUCAGCAGCCAGAAAUUCCUGAAGGACUUCAAACCCAAACGGGAGGCGUUGAACGAGUACUUGAGGUUUAUGCCACAUUACCACGUCUUCAGCAUGGACGGCAGCAAGGACUACAAAGAGCUUUGCUUCGACGUCUCCGGGAAGUAUUGCGCUGAGGACCCCGACGGCAGCGGCUCCGUCACGGGUUACGUGGUGCUCAUGGAGGAUGUUCGCCAACUUUGCAUCCACGAGCUGUACACCAAGUCCAUGGAUGAGAGGAUCUCCUAUCAGCAGCAUCCAACCAGUGAAUCCGCCCUUUAUGCUGCCGAGUGGUGGCGCUACGCCAGCAACUACUUAGACGAGUGCCCCUUGGACGGCAAAUCCGAGAAUGCAAAGUUCGGCCCAACCUGUUCGCUUCUCGCGAUGAAGAAGUUUGGGAUCCAUGAUGUGGAGAAGGUGGAAGCCUGUGUGGCGCAGACGGCGGAGCAGAAGCUCCAGCAGCAGCUGACCUUUACGGCGUGGUCUCCGAGGGCGUUGAGGAUCAAUGGAUGGAGGUACAACGGCCAGCUGGAUGGGGAUUUGGUCACUCGUGCCAUUUGUUCCGGCUUUGUGGAGACGCCGCAGAAAUGCAAAGCGCUCAUAGAGCCCCGGAAUCCCUUCCUACCCUUUGCGCAAAGCAAAGAGACAGGCGUGUCUUUCUCUCAAAUGGUGGAGGCCAUAGUAGCUACAGCACUCUUUGGCAUUUGCAUUAUGUACUUCUACAAGCGUGCCUUGACCCGACAUGUUCAUACAGCCCUUCGGGAAGAGGUGAUGCUUGAAGUGCAGUCCGAAAUGGCUCGGUACAAACAACUGGGAUCAUGA